AUGUUGCAAAACCAGGCCCCUACUGAGUGCCUACUUGCCAAAUCCUCACCGUCUCACUCAACUCCUUGUGGCUCGGCCUUGCUGAAAAAGACUGUCGUCGCCAAAGUGUGUUGCCCACGUAUAUGUUACAUAGCCACACAGCACACAGUGGCAUUGCGACGCCCUGCUUCCACCGGUAGUUGCGUCCUUCUUGGCUCAAACAGCUUGGCUCAGCCAGCUGAACUUUGUCCGGUAUCGAACCUCGGUGGUGGAAAUCCAUGCAAGGUGCCAAUGAAAAGCAUCCCAGAACCGCAUGAGUUCUUCAAGGUCAACAUACAUGAGGAAAGGACUGCAGCAUAUAUCGCAAGAAGUAUGCCAUUUCUCAUCUUCCUUGUUACUGUUUGUCUUUUGAUUCUUGGAGUCCUGCGGAAUGCAGUGCUGCUGCUGACCAUCACAGCAGCGCUCAAUGUUGCGAUGUGGCUCUGGGUGGUUUCAAUGGCCCUCACUUGCAUGUAUGGAGUGAUUCAAUCGCAGGAAAUGAUAGAUAAUGCGAAUGAGAAGGAAUCAGAAAGGCAACCGACGGAAUCAAAGGUCACUGUGCGGCACAUUGUCGUCAUACCCAACUACAAGGAAUCCGAGAGCAUUCUGACGGACACCCUGCGGAGCCUGCACGAGGCCAAAGAGAGGCUCAGCGCUCUGCAGUCCAAGAAGGACUUCACUGUGGUGAUCGCGAUGGAGGAGAGAGAAAAAGAUGCAAAGAUCAAGUACACAAAGCUAAAGGAGCAAUAUGAGGGAAAAUUCGAGAUGAUGGUGACUUUCCAUCCAAAAGACCUCGAGGUGACGCACAUGGAUGGGAGUGUAGAGCCUGAGGUGAAGGGAAAAGCUUCAAAUCUCAAGCAUGCAGUUCAGGAGGUUUGCAAGAAGUUUGACAAAGAGGAGAGCUCCAAAAAGAACGUUUUGACGGUGAUUGACGCGGAUGUCAUUUUGCACCCAAUGUAUUUUCAGCACAUCAGCCAUGACAUUGCAAGCAUGGAGGACAGAGGAGAAGAUCCGUCAUACACUUUUUGGCAGGCUCCUCAGUUGCCUUGGCGCAACUUUUACACCUGUCCAGUCGUUUCACGCGUGUGGGGGUACAUCAGCUCUCUUUGGGAAUUCGGUGGCGUCUCCGGACUGAUCUACGGCUCACACCACAUGGUGUUCAGCGCGUACAGUGCUCCACUGGAUCUAGCAAAGAAUGCUGAAUGUUGGGAUGGUGACGUCAUUGCAGAGGAUCAUCAUGCCUUUCUGAAGGCCUGGUUCUACGCCGUGUUCCAGAAGACCCAGGCUGCGGCCUGCCCUUGGGUUCAAGUUAAGCCUGUCAUGCUUCCAUCAAAGUCAACAUCCGUGCAAUCAGACGAUGACUACUGGUCAUCUUGGAGUGAGCGCUGGGAUCAGGCCAAGCGCCAUGCGCAAGGUGUUGCAGAGCUGUCCUAUGCACUGCUGGCAGCAUGGGACAUGCUCACUUCGCUGCCGGUUACAUCAUUGGGGCCAGAUUUCUUGUGGAGGCUGCUGAAAGUCGUCUUCAAACCCUUUAUGAUGCACAUUGUCUCAACACUCCAAGCCAUUUCCUUGCUGGUUUUAACCUUGUAUUGGCUUGCAAGUGGUAACGAAAUCCCCUGGUGUCCAAAGCAGCUUGUUCUAACUAAUUUGAUGACCCAAGGAGACACCCUUCUUUGUGGGUUGGCGGGAGCAUGGGUGCUCGCAUGGCCAGUUGUGAUCCCCUUCAUUCUCCUGAUCGCGGCAAACUUCAUGAUGAUUCGAGUUUGCUUCAUUCUACCUGGCAACAUGAAGAAGGACCAGGAAAGCUGCUGGGAGGAGGCUGAUGGUGCAGUGAAGCCAUGGGAGAGCUCUUUCCUUGGGCCAUUUGCAGGCUCUAAGCAAUUCACCGCUCUCUGCCUUCUUCUCAUGGAUGUCUUGAUCUUUUUCGGCCCCAUCAUGGCGGUCUAUGGUGUUCUGGUCGAGAUUCUCGCUUACUGCAACGUGCUUGUACGUGGAAACCGCUUUGAGUACAAAACAGCUUCCAAGAGUCUUGCAAGUGGCAAGGAGGUGAACAAGUCAUAUGGCUCCUGUGAGGGCAUGGAUUCUACCCAGGAAACUCCUGCACUUCAAAAAAAAUACUGA